AUGUCCCCAAAUGGUCCUAGAAGGGUUAUAAUAGAAGAGAUUGAAGAUGAGGAACCACCUCUGCCCGUAUCCCCUACUGUAGGGUUGACCUUGGCAAGGUAUGGGUUUUUCACACCUGAGUUGAGUAGGGGUAGAGGUUGGAAACCUACCCAAGGUAGCUCAUCAUGUAGUAAAAAGCUUUGCUUAGAUUGGGUAGACAAAGGAGGAAUAAGUGUUGUUGAAGGUGAUCAAGUUGACCUUGUGACUACUAAUGUUGAUGUAGAUAUGGUUGAAAAAUUAGUGAAUGAAGAUGUAGAGGAGGGGCAACCUAUUGCAAAUAAGGGUGUAGAGGAGGGGUGUACUGCUAUGAAUAAGCAACAACAAUCAAAUGAAGUCCCUUUUGAAGACAACUAUAGUGUAGAAGAGGAAAUUUUGGAAGAUUUUUACCCUUUCUAUGGGGUUGAAUUUAAUGAAAGUAUUCCGAAAAAACCAUCCAACAUGGCUGAUGUAGAUGCAAGUAAUGAUGAUGAUUCAGAUAGCAGUGAAGACAACAGUGAAGAUAAUGACUUUAUGGUUGAUGAAGAUAACCUAAUUCCAGAUAUUGAAGUAGACAUGGAGAAUUUUUACAUGAGUAUAGACACAAAUGCAGAGUACUUAGGGAGUGUGUAUAAGUUUCAUGAGGGUAAUGAUGUUCAAGAGGAAGUAGAGGAUAUAGAGGUUAUUAACAAUGAUGAAUGGGAUUCUAUGGGUGAAGACUCAGAUAAUGAUAGGAAAAGAAGGCAGAUCAUUAAACAGUUAGGCAAGGAGAGAGUGUGUUCUCAUGGUGAAGUGCACAAGGUGGCCUUCCAUUCAAUGCAAGUGGGGUUGGUGGACCUACCACAAAAAAAGGUAAAGGGCAAAGAAGUAAUUGAAGAAAAGGCCAAGUGUACUUGGAGACUCCACGCUUCUAGGGCAAAUGAUAAUGAGUACUGGUUUGUAAAGGGCAAAGAAGUAAUUGAAGCUCUCGCAACAAAAAUGGUGGUCGGAGACUAUACUAAACAGUAUGCAGUUUUAAGAGAUUAUGUGUUAGAGUUACAAGCAACAAAUGUGGAUACAACUGUAAAAAUUCAAGUGGAGUCUGAGCCUAACUGUAACAACUCAACCAGGCAAUUCAAAAGGAUGUAUGUGUUCUUAGGAGCUUUAAAGAAAGGGUUUAAGAUUGGGAUGAGGGAUUUUUUAGGUUUGGAUGGUGCAUUCAUGAAAGGAUCAUUCCCAGGUCAGAUUCUUACAGCUGUUGGGGUUGAUUCCAACAAUGGAAUCUAUCCCCUAGCAUAUGCAAUUGUGGAGACUGAGAACACCGAUAGCUGGAAAUGGUUUUUGGAAUGUCUUGGAGAUGACUUGGACAUUCAUGCUAACUCAAACUUCACAUUUAUCAGUGACAAACAGAAGGGUCUCAUACCUGCUAUUGCACAAAUAUUUCCUUGUGCUGAACAUAGAUAUUGUCUAAGGCAUAUCUAUGAGAAUAUGAGAAAAGUACGGACGAUAACAGAGUACAAGGAACAUUUGUGGAAUUGUGCUAAAGUCACAACCAUCCCGAAGUUUGAAACACUGAUGAGAGAUUUCAGAUCCUAUGACGUGGAAGCAUAUGAAUGGCUUAUGAAAAUCCCUCCCCAUCAUUGGGCUAGAAGCCAUUUCUCAGGUAGGGGAAUGUUAGAUAUGUUGUUGAAUAAUUUGUGUGAAGAUUUCAACAGUAAGCUCGUAAAAGGAAGGGAUAAACCAAUAAUAACCUGUUUGGAGUUCAUAAGGGAAUAUCUUAUGAAAAGAGUUUGUAAUGUGAUGAAGGUGAUAAACAAGUGCACAUGUCCACUAACACCUACUAGUGAAAGGUUGUUAUAUGCAAACAUAUCAAGUGCUUCACAAUACACUGCAAGAUGGAAUGGAGUGAGUAAGUACCAGGUUAAAGGGCCAUGGCAUGAUCAACAUAUUGUGGACAUGGGGCAGAUGACUUGCAGCUGUAGGAAAUGGGAGUUGACAGGCAUGCCUUGCAAGCAUGCAAUUGCAACAAUCAAUGAAAUGGCAGAUAAUGGUGAGCAAGUAGGAGAACUGUACACCUAUGUGCAUAAGGUGUAUUGGCUAGAAACAUGGAAAAGCAUGUACUCUUUCACAGUCGACUCCAUCAAAGGAAGGAGCAUGUGGCCUAAGAGUGAUAGUCCAACAACCCUUACCCCUCCACCACACCACAAGCAACCAGGAAGACCAAAAAAGAAAAGGAGGCAAACUACUGAUGAGAAGAGUGUAAGCCAAAGUCAGAAAGAGAACCCACAACAAGGUCAAUGUGAAAGUCAGAAGCUAACUAGGAAAUUUGUGAGUGUGACAUGUAGUAAGUGUAAGAACAAGGGCCAUAAUGCCAGGACAUGCAAGGGUACGGGGGGGAAUGGAGGUACCAGUCAAGCAAAUGAAGUUUGA